AUAGGUGUCAAUCAGUUGUCACUGUCAACUUACAGCAGCAGAGAGAAACUUUAGCUGGCUAAAAAUAAUCUGAGAAAAACACUGCAUUAGCGCAGUUAAUUUUGUGCAAAAUGGCUAUUUUCCGGCUGUCUCGGUUGGUGGCUCAAUCUAAAAACUUGACGAGACAUGAAAAUGCCAUUCAGAGAAGAACUGCUACGACUACGCCGACUGGAGCCAUUCUACCUGAGCCAGAGAAGACUCCGUUGGGUCUUCUGGGUAUAGUAAUGGCCGUAGUGCCUGGCUUGCUUAUAGGAGCCGCUAUUAGUAAAAACAUAGCCAAUUUCCUGGAGGAAAACGAACUGUUUGUACCUUCGGAUGACGACGACGACGAUGACUAAAUCGCACUUGAGAUGAAUGUGAACUUCAUGCGGGUUUAAUAUAAAAUUAAUUAUGAUUAAUAUUUAAUAAACAUAAGAAGAACCAUAAUUGUUGUUAUAUUUUAUUGAAUUGUUAUAAAAACAUUAAAAUUUUGUGCUCAACAUCAAAAUAGCAUUAUACUUAAGAAUUUUGUUUUUAUUUAAGGAUUUUAUUAUAUUAAAGCAAUCUCUUAUUUACAUGAUUUACAUAAAUACAGUAUAUAAUUAUAUGAUCAUAUUAGGUAGUUAUAUAAAACAGCAUGUUAUAUACAGCUAAAUAAAUCACGAUACAUUAAAAACCAUGUCAUAAUAAAUGCAUUAUGAAGAAAUGCAUGUUUCAUUUGUUUUCAGGAGUGACACACAGCAAUCUCUGCUAAUCUAGUCAAAAGUUACUCUCACACAUGUAGCUCUAACAGUUCUGUGUAAUCUCAUCGUCACACACUUGUGCUUAAUAUUUUAUAGAUGAAAGUUCAAAUAAAUGAGAUAAUGGCAUGA